AUGAAUAGUUAUGAAUUAUAUCAGAAGCUCAUAGAAGCCAUCAACAACAAAGCAAAUGAAGAAUUAGAAGACUCCUCACUACAAAUUGAUCCAUCUCAAAUCUGGGAAUCUCUUUUCAAAAUCGCAGAAACAUCUCCACACAUAAUUCCACAAUUCAUUCAAUUACUAACACGUCUUUCUUUUGCUGACGAAUCACCAAUUGUUGAUUCACAAGUAAAAUUACUCCAAGACGCUACAAAUAAAGAAGAUAAAGAAAAACAAUUUGUCAAAUUACUUUUAUUGAUCUCAUUCAUCGAUGUUGAUAAUUCUAUUACCAUAUUUGAUCAAUUGGUAUCAUAUAUAGAAUCAGAAUACAAAAAUUUACCAAAAGUCCCAAAAUUCUUAGUCGAUUUUACAAAGAAAUGCCAUGUAGACGUUCAGCCAUCCAUUUACAAGAUCUUUCUUAAGAAAUUUGAUGACACUUUCCUAGAAAAUGAAUUAAAUCCAGCAAUAUCAACAGCAUUUGCAUUAUUUGUUAAUGACGAAAGCUUACCUAUCAAAGACAAGAUCAUUAAGUUACUUACAUCCAAUGAAUUGUGUAAAAUUUCCGGAUGUUUCAUUUUGGCCACAAAUCCAUCAGUUUUUUACAAAGAAAGGAGAUUACUCGAUUACCUUGUCGAAUUAGCAUACUCUACUGAGCAGAAUAUCUCAAAUGCAGCUCAUAAAGCUCUUAGAGCGAUUAUUACUGAUGAAGCGAACGAAAACAACGAAUAUAUCGCUCAGAAAUUCAUUAAAUCCUUUGAUAAGUAUACACCUGAUACAGUUCAGUCAUUUUUCAAGGUUUUACAGACAUUAUUAGAAAAUACCAAUAAAGCAACGAUAAAUCUCAUCAAUCAGAUCUACCAGUUCGCCAAGAACCAUCUUUCUGACCAAUCCCCAGUCAUUUCUGCUGAAUCAAUCUAUUUACUCGCUGCAAUUGGCCAAAUUGACCCAAUUUCCGUGUUGGAAGUAUCAGACAAGGUCACAAACCAGUGCAACAGACUCCUUUCAUCUGAUUUCUCUGGCCACGCUGCAUGCAGAAUCGCUUCUUUCUUCGCAAUUACGAAAUCAGGAGAAGAAUUCCUUGAAACAUUGCAGAAAUCGUUUGUUUCCAAUGACGUUCAAAUGACAAACAAAGAGAGAAUAGAAUUGGCCACUCAAUUGGCAACAAUGAGCCAAAAUAAAGAAAACAUCAAAUUAAUUUACAAAUUUGUUGUUGAUAACCUCCAAAACGCCGGAAAUUCAGAGUUCUUCUACGUAAUGUCCGCUGCUGUUGAGAUUACCAAGAAGUUGGAGGAUUCUAAUGAUAUAAAUCAGUUAUAUCAAAUUUUGAUUUCUUUGUUAGAGAAACAGACAGAUAACGUUAAGGUAAACGCAAUCUGUGAAGUCAUCCAAGUGAUCCUAGAGCUUAACAAUAGCAUCCAAGCUGAUUUUGUCAAGAAAUUUUUCGAAGAUUUUCUUGAAGGCAAAUUACAUAUCUUUGGAGGCCUUCCUUUGGAAGCAUUCGGUGAUGGCAACUCAAUCUUGUUCCACUUGGUCGCUCAACAUGUUGAAAAAUUCCCAGAAAUUGCGAAAUCUCUAAAUCUCGCCCAAAAAGUCUUUUCCGUUCUGUUUUCAAUAUCCCUUGAUGCAGUUCCAGACUUCCUUGAGAUCUUCUACACUUGUUUGAAGACAAAAGUCCUUGAUUCCGCUGCAUUUUCCGAAAAAGACCAAAAUUCACUUUUGGAAUUGGUCUUCCCGUUAUAUACAACAGGAGAAUUUGGUGCUCUUGCCAUCAAUAAUGUUAUAGAAGCAUUAAUUGCGGACAAGGACUACUUAAAACAAGAAAAUAUUUUUGAAUCUCUCGAAACAUCGAUUGUAUCAUUUGCCGGAUCAGAUUCAUAUGGGCAAGCUGAAGAACAGUUCGUCCACUUGAUUUCUUUGGCACUUUCCGUUUGCAACAAGGAAAUUUCCGAAGAAUUCUCCAAGAUUAUCAAAGAUUACAUAGUAAUCGAAGAGAUUUUCGUGAAUGUCAUAAAGUUGCCUGCAAGAAACAUCAAGAUCCCGCAGAAUGUUGUUGUUUCCAUGGUCCAAAUCGCUCUGAUGUCACAAAGUGAACUGAAAAAGAACGAAAUUUCAACUGAAUCAUACAACGAGCUGAAGAAUUUGAUUCAGAAUGAAAUUUCUAACCCUGAAACACUCAAGGCAAUAAGGAAUUCAUUGGGUAAAAACAAGAAGAACACACUUAAAUUCAACAAAUUGUUCAAUGUCAAAUAA